AUGAAGAGAGAGCUUGUGAAGUUCGGACUUCUUGUUGAAGUUGUGAAAUGCUAUUUUCAUGGCCAUCUUUUUUUCUUUGCCGAUACGAGAAUCAACAUCAGUGAUGGCACCGAUUUGUAUAGUUACUUUGUGAGCUUCAGCAAUGAAUCCAUGAGAAAGAAAAAGAAGGAAGGAGAUGAAGACAUGAAAAAACAAACAACUGGGUCUGAAAGUAGCAAUAUUCAAGUUGGAGAUGAUGCAAUGAUAGAUGUUAAAGCUGAAGAAUGGGCAAUGCCUACUGUUGAAAAUCCGAUGAGAGGCGGAGUUCCGGUCAACACUUUUUCUGACCAGUUUGGAAAGGUAGAACAACCCACCAAGAACUCAGAUGAGAAGAAAUUUACUGGUUUUUGCGUCGAUGUAUUCAGAGCAGUGGUGAAGAAUUUGAGUUCCACAUAUGAUUUACCCUACAAGUUUGAGGAGUUUGCAGGCAGCUAUGAUGAAUUAGUUAAUUGUGUCGUCGACAAGACUUUCGACGCUGCCGUGGGUGAUAUAACGUUGCUUGGUAGACGGUGGGGAGUUGUGGAAUUUAUUGCACUAUUUACUGCCCCAGUUUGGUUAUUGGAGCAUCGCUCCAAUCCAGAAUUCUGUGGCCCAUGGAAGGACCAACUCGGCAACGUUCUUUGGUCCACCUUCUCUUCACUUUUCUCUACUCACAGGGAAGGAAUUCGACACAACUAUACUCGAGUGGUGGUGGUGGUAUGGCUUUUUGUGGUGUUGAUCGUAACACAAAGCUACACUGCCAAUUUCUCUUCAAUGCUUACCAUCUCAAGACUGAGUCCAAAUGUCGACUCACUCAUUAAGGACAAUGCCGUAGUUGGCUGCUAUGGCAAUAGCGUUGUAAAAGACUACUUGGUGAACGUACUUCAUUUCAAAAGGGAGAACGUCAGGGACGACAUUGCCACCAAACGCCAAUACCUGGAAUCUUUCAUUGAUGGCAGUAUCUCAGCGGCAUUUCUUGAAGUCCCUUAUGCAGAAGCUAUUGCAUGUCAAGUCUUCCAAAAGGGUUCUCCGAUAGCUGCCAAUGUUUCUAAAGCCAUUCUAACACUAAUGGAGGAUGGCAGUUUGAAACAAUUGGAAGAUGAGUACUGCCCUACCUCCUGGGAUUGUUCGAACUUUCAAACUGCCAAGGAGAAGGGACGUAGCUUGAGCCUCCAGAACUUCUGGGGUCUAUACAUCUUCUACAUUGCCAUUUCUACCAUUUGUUUAUUACUAUUCAUCGUUCACUUGUUGAACAAUCUGCGGCACCACCAUGAAGUACUUCUAGAAGGCAACAUCACGCCAACUCGUGUAAGUGUUUGGAAAAGGAUACUUUUACUCACGCGAUUCUUGAAUAAUAUUGCAUAUUCAAGAGAUCCUGCAUGGACUCAGAUCUCAGGUGAUGCGCCAAAUUAUAUUAAAAUUUAUUAA